CCCAGUAAAUUUGAUGAAGAGACUGACAACUGUCAAUCUGAGAUUUCUUCGUUCAUGCCCAUGUUGCAUUGUCUUUCUCCACAGAUACAAGACCACUGUGACACAGCGUCGCUCAUGGUCUGUAGUGGGAGUUAGCUGGUUGUCUGCAGGUGUUCUGGGGUUCAUCCCCAUGAUCGGAUGGUAUCGGCAGGACACUAUAGCUGGGAUGGCAACAUCCAACUCCACCACCAUCACAUGCACAUUUAUAGCAGUGAUCCCCAUGAACUACCUGGUCUACUUUAACUUCUUCAUCUGCCAGCUGCCUCCACUGGUGCUCAUGGUGGUGCUGUACUUGUGCAUCUUCAAAAGGAUCCAACGGCAGCUGAACAGGAGUGGGGCGAGUCGUGGCAGUGAGUCUCAAAACUACUACCAGAAGGAGAGGACACUGGGUCGGUCCCUGCUUCUAGUGCUGGUGCUGUUUGCUAUUUGCUGGCUACCUAUUCACGUCAUCAACGUCGCUUCCUUAUAUGGGGUCAACGUUCCUCAUCAGGUUUUCUAUGUUGGCAUCCUCCUCUCGCAUGCAAACUCCGCCAUAAACCCUGUUGUGUACGGUAUGAAGAUACACAAGAUCAAAUCCUUCUUUAAGAUGGUGUGGCAGAGGCAUGUUCUUUGCAGAAGGGACCAAGGAGCAGACAGAAGGAGCACCACCAGGAGCAGAAGCAGACAGACCACAGAAAAUGUUGACAGUGCCGUUACCAGAAAUCAGCAAACCAGCAGUUUGUAGGGGCCUUUAUGGUACCAGAGCAUGAGGAAAGCCUUUAAUGAUAUUUAACAAGCUGACCAUUGUUGGCCUUUUCCUGCAAAAAAAAAUGUGUUAGGCUGGGUUUUUGUUAGCUAAAUUCACUCAUACUGUAUUUCUGUCACUCCCAACUAUGUAACUAAGUAAGUUAUGACUGAAGUUUGCGUAAGUCAGUCAAUGAAAAAGCAAAUCUCAAUAGGGAUGUCAAAAUGAUUGCUUCACAGCAUUUGCAUCAUUGUUGUGUCGUUGUUUUAGUUUGUAGAACAGUGAUUUGACGAGUUUCUGUUCAUUUGCAUUUGUCAUCACAAACAAUACAUGAAAUGAUGCUACAAUUAUCGCUUUUCCGUUGUUCAAUUAUCAUCCAAGAUAAGAACCCAUGCUGCUUUAAGGGACACACUCGUAACCCUCUGAUGCUCGGUGACAAGUAUUAUGUUGCUGUGUGCAUAUCCAGCCUCCAGUGCUUUGAUUUCAUUCGUUCUCACCUCUGUCCCAGGAGGAUACGCGUUUUUGAACUGGCCAUUUUUGCGUCAUGGUGUCUUCUGAUGUUAUAUUCUUUGCAAACGGCAACAGCCUCGUUGCAAAUGAGACACAUAAGCUUGGCAUUAAUAAAUGCUGGCAGGAUAAACGCAUACCUCUGCUUCCAUUCUUCUUUGUAGGUCCUGCAUU